CACCCAACUGCAUAUUAAAGGCAGGCUACGGGAUUUGAGACGCGUUGAGUGAAGCAUACGUUAUCUGCUAAAAGAGUAGAUCAUUUCACAGGUGCAUAUUAUAUUGGCUUUUACUGUGAAAGAUGCAGAAGUAAUAUUGUAUUAUCUAUUACUUUUAUGGCUGCUUCCAUCGGUAUAAGAGUUGCUCUCAUACUGCCUCGAUAUACAACCAGUCUUUGCUCAAAUUUUACCUCCGAUGGUGAAUAAUUCCCGCUUUCUAUAUAUUCUAGUUAAAGACGGGUGCUGUCAGUACUCGUGACUAUAAUGCUCCAUUGGCACUCAACAGAAUUACUGAAUCAUGAAAAAGAGCAGUUAUCUACUUCCAUCUCCUUUCAUUCUUCGACUCCUCAAUAUACAGUAUUGUCUGCCUAUCAAUACACAACACCUUUUGUCUCCAAUUAUUCUAGAUAUCAGGAGCAUCAAUAUGGCUUCAAAACAUAUCGUUUUAUCAGCAGCACUAACAAUCUUCAUAUUUUUACUAACGGUGAUAUUCAUCAACGUAGGUCAACAGGCAAUCUUUUUACUCGACCUUCCUAUCAUCUCCCUUGAUACCACCCAAUUGAAAGACGAUAUCUUUCAAAGCAGCAACUACAAAAUACCUAUUACCGACGUGUUAAAUCUAUAUUUUCAAACUCAUUGUGAAGGAAAUUACGUAUCCACGCGUAACAUAAGCCCUCAGGUAAAGAACGUGAGCUGCUCAGCACCUUCAUUUAAUGGUAUGUUUCAUUUAAAGACACGUUUUAAGAAUUAAAUAAGAUCACUAAUAUCAUUAAGUCAAGUUUCUUCCCGCCAAUAUUAUCCAUUUCCAGCUCUUCAAUCCUAACUCUUCAGUGCAACUACAACUUCCGGCUAAUAACUUUGCGCAUCAACUCGGCGAAAUUCAGAAUGAGUUUAAAAAAUCAUAUCAUGCAGAGCUACAUGCCGCACUCAUAAUCUAUGCCACUACAAUAUGCUUAGAGGUUAUUGUGGUAACCUUAGCUUUUAUAUCAUUUCUGGGCAUGGAGGUUGUUUGUAUUCUAGGAAUUUUCUCUAUCGUAUGUAAUUAUUUUGCCUUCUCCUUUCCCAUCGCUUGAGCCACCAAUCUUGAGCCAGAAUCCACGUUGCACCGCAUUCUUGUGCCACGAAACGAACACUAACCAAGACAACAGCUAACGACCAUUUUUCUCUUAAUUGGAAAUAGCAUAACAACGACACUGCAACACCAAGCCGUUACGACUAUAAAUCAGUAUGGUAACGAUGCUGGGAUUGCAGGGCAUCGUGGAACUGGAUUGUUAGUAUUGAUAUGGACUGCUUUUGGAGUAUCUUGUGUUGCGACGGGAGUAAGGGGAUGGAGUGCGCUGUUGAGAAAAAGUGGGGAAGAGAAUAAUGAAGGUUUGGAUAAUGGACGAGUGUAUAUACAUUGCGUUGGAAUUUCGGAGAACACGGAUACGGAUGGGCCAUUGAGGCUGGCUGUGAGAGGAGGGAAAGUGUAAAGGCGGCCGAGGAAAGAAGAAUUAUAGAGCUCGAGUUUAGGUAUGUGAGCGAAAGUCAGAUUGGGCUUGCUCUGUAACCUUGAUCUUUGAGGCUGGUGGUCACGGCAUAUAUUUGAAUUCUGAACAAAGUCGACGUUGAGUCAAAAGCUGAAAGAGAAAAUCUUGGAAUAUAAUUGUUGCGAAGCGUUGAUACCCAUUUGUCCAGGGAAGAUAUAUAAUGCAUAAGGACACUACUUACUGGACCUACAAAUUGACACGAUAGAGUGCUCGGUAGUACCUUUCAAUGCCAUUUUGAAUUGCGCUGCGCUCGAAACUUUCACGAGGGAAAGGUUAGGCCCAGACUAUUUCGAAUCCAGAAGUACA